AUGGGUAACAAGGACUUCCGCAACCAGCUGGGAAAGUUUCGUCUGGACUCAUCGGAGACUGCCCGCUGGCCAUCGCAUUCGGAGCCGACUGCCAAUCCACGUUCGCAUUCACAAUCACUCUCACAUACACAACUUUCAGACUCUAUUUCUCCCGAACAUGGAUUAUCCACUCCACGCACGAAGCGUGUAUCAACAGCCUGUGAUUUCUGUCGAAAAAGAAAGAAAAAAUGUGACUUUCGUUAUCCCAACUGUUCCGCCUGCACCCGCGCAGGGGUUCGCUGCACUAUUCCCCCGCCUGGCCCGCAAGUGGCCAAUGCCUCUGUACCACGCGACCAGUUGGAGAAUCUGCAGAACAGAGUUCGAUGGCUUGAGGAGGUGGUACGCCUAAAGUCAGGCACAGAGGUGACGAACGUACCUACUGGAACUCCAGUGGAUGUUGAAGAGAAUCACGACUGGUGGUUUCAGAUACCCACUCUGAUCGCGACUGGAGUGAAUCAUGCGUCGAAUGUAUCAAUGCCUAGCCCAGCGGGUAGUGUACGGUCUUCGGCCACAGCCGGGCCCGCAGGGUCGGAUUCUUCAACUGGCGCAGAUACGAAGCUACCAAAUAUGGGCGAAAUCUUUCGAAAUCAGUUAGAGCACCGCCGACCGUCUUCAGCUCACCCCAAUAAUGCGUUACGGGUAAUGCGGCUCUCGUCGCUAGAGGAAGCGGAGCAAGUGGCGGGGCAGUAUUUUGAUAGUAUGGGCUACCAAUAUCCGUUCAUAUCGCGGCCAGACUUUAUGGCCAAUAUGCGGCAUAUUUACACAGACCAGGUGCCAUCACCGGAGGUACAUAAUAGCUACCAUAUUGUCAUCGCCAUCUCACUGCUCAUCGGAUCUGCAGAUACGUCGCAGGCUGCAGAUUUCUACCAUGCAAGCCAAGAAACUCUGCCCCUCGUUCUGCAGAACGAAGAUCUACCGGCGAUCCGUGCUCUACUUGGCUUGGCACUAUAUUCGAUGUUCGCGACUUCAGGGCCUAGUAUCUGGCACAUAUUAGGUACAACAAUGCGAUUAGCAACCAGCCUCGGUCUCCACAAGGCAAGGCCAUAUACAGAUCAAUUAGAGGAAGAGAUGAGCAAGCGGGCUUUCUGGAGUCUUUAUAAUCUGGAUCGUCUCAUCGCAAGCACCCUAGGCCGACCAUUAGGAAUUGCCGACGAAGAUAUUUCAGCGAGUCUCCCACGCGAGCUGAACGAUGAUGGAUCCGAAGUACCAGGGGGUAGCGCGAUGACCAUUCCGCUACAGGUGAUAUGUCUCCGACGCAUUUUCUCGCGCAUCUAUCGUUACCUGUACAGUAACCUACCACAACCACCACCGCAAGAGGUCGCCACGACCCUUGGUCGAUUCCGUCGCGAAGUCGAUGAGUGGCGGAUGUCGGCUCCACUAUACCCAGCAGCUCUCCUAUACUCGACAUCCUACUAUGACUAUCUAUAUUAUACGACUCUUCUUCUUAUGAAUCGUCCUAGCUCGCGAAAUCCCACUCCGGAUGCGACCAGUAUUGUCAGCUGUGGAGACUCCAGCAUCCAGGUGAUCAGGUCAUACUGGGACAGUUACUCAGUGGGAAAACUAAAAUGGAUCUGGUUGACAUUAAGCCAGGUCUACUUUGCAGGUAUCACUAUCCUGUGGUGCCUCGAGCAGAACGCACGCUCUCUCCGUGGAUUUCAAGCACCACCCUGGAAUCCAGCUGAAGAAGUCAUGCGGCAUGGCAUCCAAGCCGUCGUUGUCUUACUAGCGGAAUUUGGCAAGCGACGUCCUGGAGUAGAACAACUGGCAGAGACCUUUCGCCAUCAGAGCACAAUGAUCUUUAGCCAAAUGGCCUACCAGCAGCAACAUCAGCCACCACCGCCACCCUUGCUUAUACCCCCUCAACCUCCCAGCAUGUUUACUCCACGUUCGCAUCCACAUUCGGUCCCCUUGGCCCCCGUCCUCGACGACGUUAUGCUAGUGGAUGGCAGUGGAGUGCCCAUGAUAGAUCCCCAAAUGGCUGAUCAGUUGUUAUUUUCCUAUAAUUGGUUCCAGGAAGAAAUGCCUAGCUAUUAUACCCUUUGA